AACUGAGUAGAAAGCCGUCAGUUGUGCAAUAGAAAAUUGAUGAGACAAAAAUGGUCCGAAGACUGGCUACUUUCCUUCUUCUACGAACAAUAAUUGUGAUUCAAACCCUAAAUGUUGCUGACAACAUCCCUCUGACUGAAGUUGGACUCGGUCAAACUGUCACCCUGACAUGUAAUGCAUCUGGGCAUGAAAAUGGGUUGUUUUACUGGUAUAAGAUGAAUUAUGGAUAUUUGGUCCAAACAGUUGCUGGGGGCAGUUUUGGCAAAUUAAUCUUUGACGAACACUUUGAAAAGUCAGGCUUCCAAGUUGAAAACGUCGGCGACAUCCAUUCUCUCAUCAUCAGAAAUGUCAGCAAAGAGGAUGAAGCAACAUACCUAUGUCAGGCAGGAUCAGCAUACAAGCUGAAAUUUGUUUAUGGAACAAAUUUGGCUGUGAAUGAUAUCCAAAAUAAAAAGUCUGCUUAUGUGACACAAACUUCAGAUAUAAAAUCUGUUUCGCUUGGCGCCGAAGUGACUCUGCAGUGUUCACUUCUCUCGAAGAAAAAGGAAAAACAAAGCAUGGACCAGUGUGCAGAAGAACACAAGGUGUUCUGGUUCAGAGCAAAAUCGGAAUCUAAUCUAGGAUUUGUCUAUGCUGAUGAAAAACGCUGUGGCAAAAAACCAGGAAGGGGAUGUGAAUACCGACUGUCCAAAACUAUAAACAACUCCUUGGAUACUGGGACUUAUUACUGUGCUGUGGUCACAUGUGGAGAGAUCCUGUUUGGAGAAGGAACCAAAGUAGAGAUAAGACAAGAAUUUAGCAUGUAUGCUAUUGUGCUCUGUGGACUUUUGGCUUGUUCUGUACUUGCGAACAUCACAUUGAUUUUCACAAGAAGAAAACCAAAGACGCUUGAUGAUAAUCACAAAGGAAAUGCAACAGCCAUGGCUCUCACUGAACUGGACAAGGAUCAAUCAUGCAAUGUGCAGGAUGGUGAAGAGGAUGGGAUGAACUAUGUGGCGCUAAAUUUCUCUUCACGAAAACCUACAAGAUGGAAGAAUAAGAGGGAGACAUCGGACGACGGCACAUAUUCAAACAUUAAACUGUCCAUAAAAGGCAGUGCUCAUCAAUAGAGGGCAUCUAAAAUCAACAUAUGUACAAAUAUUUGACUUCUCUAUAGCUGAUGAUAAUUGAAAUGUACAUUUUGAGGGCAGAUCAAAUACUGUUUUUGGCGCAUUGCUGUUAAUAGCAUUGUGAGGUAGCUUAGCGUAGAAGGUUUUUUCUAGGUUUUUAAAUAGAUAUACGUUAUCAUAUGUUUUUUGGCAUAUAUAUUUGAUGUUUGUUGAAGAACAACAUGGUAAAAAAGUCAAGAAAUUUGAUUACUAAUAGAAAGUAUAGGAAGAGACACCAUGUUCUGUUCAUUUGGUAGUGCUUUAACCUUUUAGUUAGCAUGUGUUGGGUUUUUAAAUAAAUGAUCAGUGCACAAGUUUCAUGGUAACAGAAAAUAAAAUUUUUAUUGCAGUUUCUUGUUCUGCGUGCCUUUAAAAGAUUGUCCAUGGUCCAGUGUUUCCUGCGCUAUAAAAAAAGAACUGAAGCAUUUUGGAAAACAUUACCAGAUCUUAUUGUGGCUGUUUCUUGGACAGUUUUGUUUCAUUUUACACUGUUAUCAUUUUACACUGUUAAAAUUAUUUAAGGCAAAGAAAAACCAACAAAAUAAAAAACAAGUAUCUGUAUCUACACCGCUGCACUAAGGCAUAUUUUUUUUGUAUGUCUUAAUAAUUUAUAUCUUUGGCUAUCUGGC